AAAAAUAAUUUAACUAGUUUUUUUAGUGUCAUACAAAACAAUAAUAGUUUUUUUUGGUAGGUAUACUUACUAAGCCCAUUUACUUUACAUAUUUAAAUACAUAAGCACAAGGGAUCAUGCCAUCUACUCAAGACUAUACAAACAUUCUCGAAGAACCACUGUUUGGGAAGACCAAGAUGUGCUGUUCCAAAAUUGGUAUAUCACUAUCAAAAGGCAAAUAUGAAUCGCUGGAUAUUACGUCUUAUGGCGAUCCAAAUGAUUAUAUAUUUCUAGUAGCUUUCUAUUUCUUGUUCAUUUUGUUUGCUGGUCCCAACUUUAUGAAGAACAGACCUGCUCUGAAGCUGAGGACUUUUCACUUUUUCUUCAGCAUUAUGUUAGGAUUCAAUAGUGCAUUUCUGUCUGCCAUGUUUUUGUUCUACAUCACACAAGUGGGAUUAUUUCCCGAGGUGUGUUUUGAAGUGGCAAAAAAUGAUCCUAGUAACAAUAGUUUCGCAAAAGAUGUCAGUAGAUUUAAAUAUAACCUACUGAGCAUACUGUACUACAAAUUCCUGGUCUCAAAAGCGAUGGACCUUCUCCACUCAUUCAUCCUGAUCCUACGCAAGAAAGGCUCCCUCAUAACCUUCACUCACGUGUACCACUCGAUGCUCAUGCUGUGGGCAUCCUGGGCGGUGGUGAAGUACGAUAGAGGGAACCACUGGACGGCGCUGGGCUGCGUCAACUCAGCGGUCCAGGCGUUGGUCCACGUGGAGAAUGCAAUCAAAGCGCUCGGCAGACGCUUCGUGAAAUGUCACCGGGGCAGGGACUGUGUGCGGGUGGUUCAAAUGAUGCAGUUUGUAUUCCUGUACCUGUACAUGAUUGUACAGAUACGAACAAGCCAGUGUCCCGUACAUCCGUACAUUUACUGGACGUCGACGGCAAACGUAGUCGUAUUCACUCUUCUGUUUAUACAUUUCAAGUUUACCAAAUAUUCUGCCUACCGAUCGAAAGUCAGUAGCAUAGACUAAUAAUUAGUAUAUUAGGGCUCCCGCACACGGGCCACCGGCCACAACCACAAAACGCCUCCACUGGCAUAUUUCCUGUAAUUUUCGUACAUUUUAUAUGAACUCGCCGCACACGGUGGACGCCGGUGGCGGCAACAAGCUUCAAAUCGUUUCUAUACAAAAGCUUCUCGUGGCGGCGUUUGUGGCUGUGGCCGGUGGCCCGUGUGCGGCGACACUGUCUAUGUCAGUAGUUAGGACUAGAACACAAAACUAGUGUUUUAUAGAGGAGAGCGUGGGAUAAGGGAUAGUAAGUUUGUGUGUUUCGAGCUCUCAUUGCACCGAAUCGCAGUAUUUUAUAGGGGCCUUUACUUUAUAAUGAUUUAAUUAUAUAUUUAUUAUGUACCUAGGUACAAUGCUGUUAAUCCUUCAUAAUAAAAGUAUUUAUAGUCAAAUAAA